AUGCAGACUCCGUCUCUUUUCUCUGCCGCCCUGCUUCUCUCUCCCGUCCUGGCGGGAGGCAUGCCACGACCAGAAGACACUGUGCCGCCGGCGAUCGAGCCGUCCAAGCUAGAGAACUUCACAUGGGCAGACCCAUUCUCCUCCCCGAAGCUUGCCAACUUCGAAGCCGCCUGCGAGAGCAAGCGCACCUUCACAGCAUCCGAGUAUCAGCUUCAUGAUCUCCAAAUACCCGAGCCCAAGGGCCUCCAGCCAUACAGCGAAGCUCUCAAGGAAUUCUUCGGUGGGCGUCCAUAUCCAGGAGGAUGGGACGGUAUCGACGCCCAUCGGUAUGAGCGAAACCUGCUCAAGAUGGAAUACGCGGAUGUUCCCGUGAAGGUCAGGGAGUGGAUUGAGGAAGAGGAGAGGAGCGAAGGCCCCGGGAAAGGGCUGUUCGCGGUUUACCAGAAGCCUGCCGAGGGAGAGACGGUGAAAAAGACGGCGAAAGUGCCACCUGCAAACGCGGAUCACUUAAGGCCGCUGGACCAGAAGCGCGCUGUCAUCUUUGCCCCAGGGGCGGUAUAUGAAACAUUGCCGCUAUGGGUUGCCGAAGGCAGCAAAUGUGAAGAAACUCUGACGGACCUGACCAAGUAUGGUCCUAAGUUAGUUGAUGGCGGGGUAGUUGCAUGGCCUACGGACUACACGACACCCAAAAGAAGCUCGGAGGAGAGGAAGAUUGAGUUCACCAUCAAGGCUCAAGUUUUAAGCGCGAAGGCAGGUGCGCAUUUAGACAAGGAUGGGCAGGACGCAGUCAAGACUGAUAGCAAAGAUGAGCUGUAA